CAUACAUACAUAAACAACCACACGACGUCUACACAGCUUAGUUGUACAUUUUUGCUUUAUAUAAGUAUACGUGGCAAGAGUUUCAUUUAGUUCAGGGUUUUGUCAUAGCUGAGGUAAGGAUAGCUUGGCCAGCUCUCGGAGUUCCUGCGUUACGCGCGUUCACCGAAUAUAGUGGCGCGCGCUUAUGCGCGUUCACCAAAUAUAGUUACGCGCGUGUCCAUGUUAGCGGUUGCUGGGGGCUUUUUACAUAGACAACAGGAGUAAGCUAGCGAGCUAGCUGAUUGGUUUUGACACUUUGUGUAUGGCUCAGUCAACUUGCUGUCAUUAGCUAUAUUUCCUUUUAAAAAUCAGCAAGCAAUCGUUUAUUUCUAAACAGCAGCAGUAAAGCACUUUUGUGAGAACUACACGCUUUCUGCACUACCGAUAUCAUAGCUAUGCUAGCUGAUUAGCCAGUGUAGUGUAGCUAGCAUAGCUAACCUUAUCUAGCUAUGUCAAUCGCUUGCUUAACGUAGCUGGGAGGUACUGUGAAUGUUAAGAAAUGAUCUAAAGGUAUUAUUAGUGUAUUUAGACAUGAUUUCAACAAUUGGUUUAACGCUACACCUGAGUUAGGCCACAUCUCCGCGUCGAUUCGUUUCAUCCUCCGGCGUCGGACGAAUGCAAACAAGGAAAAAAAACGAGUCGCCAACUGUGCGGAAGGGAAAGAAAUCACACUUAUCACUUACACGAAUCGGUGUACUGAAGGUCAUCGUGUUGUUGAACUAGAUCGCCAGGGAAUAUGUUCGACAAAAUGUGCGUCUUAUAAACGUAAUUAGACAUAAUUCAGAUAUUACUCUAGUCUGGCAAGCAGACUGACGAGUCUGAGUCUCGCAAUGGUUGGGUUUGGAGCAAAUCGACGUGGAGGUCGUCUCCCAUCCUUCAUUCUCAUCGCGCUCAUGGUGAUCAUCGUUCUCCUGUCUUACAACUACUGGACCGUGUCCAGCAAACACGGGCGUCUGCUGGACGAGUUGGCCGAGGUGCAGACGCAAGUGAAGCGCACGGACGCGGCGCGGAGCCGCCUGGAGAAGCGCAAUUCAGAGCUGAUGUUGCAGGUUGACACACACAGGAAACAGAUCGAUCAGAAAGAUGGGGACUACAGCGUCCUAGAGGGCAAAUUGCAAGCUCGGGAUGCGCUGGUCAAAAAGUGCACAGAUGAAAAGAUGAAGCUGCAGAGUGAUGUCACAGUCCAGAUGUCUGAAAUUCACAGGCUGAAAGAGCAGGUGAGGGAGUUGAAGCAGGAGAUCAUUAGACAGGAGGAUCACUUGAGGGAACUGAAGAAAAACAGCACCAACCUGGAGAGAAAGCUGGAAUAUGAAAGCCUGCAGUGUGGGCGGCAGAUAGCGCAGCUUAAAGAUGAGUACGAGGAGAGCAGGAAGACGAUGGAGGAGCAGGCAGCCAAACUCCGACAGGGCAUUGUGGAACCUCGUAAGGCCGGUGCGGUGGCUGCCGAAGCUGAGGGAGGUACGGAGGUGGAGGCUGCAGCAGAGCGGCACACAGUGGCCAACCUCCAACAUGAUGGCCCACAUAUGAAAGAGGACAUGGGUAAGCCAGGAAGUGAUGCUGGCAUGCCUGGCAUUGAGGACAGUGAAGUGGGAAAGAUGGAUGAUGUGCGCUUCACCCUGAAGAAGCCAGCCAUCACGCAGAAGCGCCUAGAGGUGGCGGAGAUGGCUGCACUGGGCAAGGAAGAGCAGCCCCAUGCUGGGGAAGGGGGUGGAGCUGGGGCAGGGGGUGGAGCUGGGCCUGUGGGCAGAGUAGGGGGCGGAGCCGCAGUUGGGGACAACACAGCCCGAGGCCUACCCCUGGACCGACUGGGGCUGCCCCGUGAUGUGGGUGCGGGCCACAUCACGGGGGGGUUCCACGCUGCCCCUGUCCAGCAGCAAGUGCCCCAAGCGGUGGUGGAGAAGCCUGUGGCCCGUGGUGAAAACAGCAAGAUGGCAGUGCAGGCAGACGAGGCUGGCGAACAGCAGGGCCAGCUAAGAGGUCCUGAUGGCCAGCGGGCCCAGGGAAUGGCCCCGCCUCCUCCACCGAAUCCUGUACAGGUCCUGCCCAACCCCAUUGAGCCCCGCCUCGAUCGGGACACGGGCCUCGUUGGGCCUCUGCGCCAUCGACAGAGCCGGUUCUUUGAUGAGAACGAGUCCCCCGUAGAUCCGCGCGGCGCCUCCAAGCUGGCGGACUACAACGGGGAUGACGGCAACGUGGGCGAGUACGAGGCUGACAAGCAGGCUGAGCUGGCCUACAACGAGGAGGAGGAUGGUGACGGCGGCGAGGAAGAUGCCCAAGAUGAUGAUGACAGGGAAGGUCCAGGGGACCAUGCUGUGGACUAUGGCAAGCGACACCAAGCUAUUGACAUCCUGUAGGCCUGAUCCCCAGAGAGACCCAGAGCUGAGGAUGCCUCUGUUAUUCACGUGACCAAGAGUGGAAGAGGAGGAAAAAGUAACAGUUGCUUGGGCUAACAUCUCGGCUUUGGAUCUGAUGGAUAUGAUUUCGAGCCAUCCAACUAUUUCAAGUUGACCUUUUCUUGACCUUAAUCACAUUUCUUUUGUUUUUAUUUUUUUAAGCAGCCUAUAGAUUAUGGAUUUAAUUCUAUCCUAAAGGGGUAGGUGACUGUUUUGGAUCUGACUUAAUUCAAUGCAAUGUUCUUUUUUUUCUUCCCCUAUAACUAAAUUAAUUGGGAUUUAAUUGAAUGAACUAUAGUGUGGACAUGUGAUUGCAUUUAAUAUGUAAAUGGAAAAGUUUUUCUUCCCUCUUAAAUUGGAUAUGUUGUUAGUUUUCUUAAUGAAGUAGCCUGCUCUUGGACUAUAACAGGGACUUAUGAAUGGACACAGACAUACUUUGGGGUAUUGUCUGCCACCCUGCUAGGCCUGAAGAGGGGGACAUGGCUUUCCGGAAUAGUGGCAUGUCAGUAGUACUAGAAAUGAAACUAAAUCCACAGCCAAGCAGUGUGCUGAUGAACAUUAUUUAAUUAUUGUUUUCUCUUUUUCAGGGGGGCUAUUACUGAAUAAUGCAGUGUUAGAGAGGUUUUUGUUUGUUUUGUUUUGUUUUUGUUUUUUUUUAUCUCCCCUUAUUUCAGCAGCACCAGAAGAGUAAAAGUAGUGGAAACUCAUACAGACUUAAUUGCACACAAGCAUGUCCUAUAGUCCUGCUGCUGAAGAAUCUUUACAGAGUGUGUCCACGGUCUUGUAAGGGUGGGGUUGCAUGCAAGUAGUUGGCAGUCCCUGUAUGUCAGCCUACAGACCUACUGCAUCACCUGGAUACAGCAAUAUACGUCAUUCCAGCGGACCAAGUGGAGCCCAACUGGGGAACUGCUUUUUGACAGCUUGGCAGGCAUAGAUGUACAUAUGUAAGGGGCCAGUAAUACUGUCUGAACGCUGUAGAAAAUUUCAACUCAUCUGUAGAUCUUGGGCAUAGACUUAACUUGUGCGUAUAAUAAUAGAGCAAAACAUGCUUGAAGGUUAGCAUACUGAAUGUACUUUAACAAUACAAUUGUUUCGGGUGUCCUAAGUGAGCUCGCAAACUAAAGUGAAUCUGCACAGUUCUGUACAAAAUUGAGUUUAACAUGCAGUUUGUUCCAUAUUUCCAAAGAAUGGAGUUGUAUUUGAUGCUAAACUUCCUGCUAUCACUGUGACUCAGUACUGUAUAUAGUUGCAUCAGGAUGCAGUACAACAUGCUCCAGAAAUACGCGAGAUCCAUUUUUCCAAUAUUUCUCUACAAUGAAAGGUACUCUACAAUAAACUGUUUUAUGUAUACAAUU